AUGUUUUCGGCCGACCCCGGUCUGCUGACCUCCCUCCAGGAGCCGUCGAUCUCCCCCCGGCUGGAGCUGAGCCUGACCACCGUGUACACCGGGCUGUACUCCGUCCUCUUUGUGUUCGUGUACCUGCAGCUGUGGCUCAUCCUGCACUACGGCCACAAGCGGCUCAGCUUCCAGAGCGUGUUCCUGUUCCUGUGCCUGCUCUGGGCCGCGCUCAGGACCACCCUCUUCUCCUUCUACUUCAGAAACGUGCUGCAGGCCAACCGGCUGCAGCCGCUGGCCUACUGGCUGCUCUACUGCUGCCCAGUCUGCCUGCAGUUCUUCACCCUCUGCCUGCUCAACCUCUACUUCACACAGGCUCCCUCUGCGUUUGUUCUUCCUGAGCCUCGGCGUCUUUUUCCUGGUGGUGAAUCUGACCUGUGCUCUGCUGGUGCAGGGAGCCCUGGAGCAGUCCGAGCCGCCCACGUAAGCACAGAGGAACCGGUCCUGGUCCUGGUCCUGGUCCCGGUCCUGGCCCUGAUCGCCAAGAUGUCCUCCGCCAAUGUUUACCUGGAGUCCAAGGCGACGGCCAUCGGGGCCCUGGUGAUCCUCCUCUACACGUCCAGAGCCUGUUACAACCUGGUGGUGGUGGCCAUGGCCCCGCAGGACAGGCCCAGCCCCUUCAACUACGGCUGUUUCAGCUCCAGAGCUUAUUUCUUCGACAACCCCCGUCGCUAUGACAGCGAUGAUGACCUGUCGCGCAGCAUCAGCAGCAGAGCCGACCGGGCCAGAUGGCUCCAUCCAGUUGGUACGGCUCCAUCCAGCGCACCGGGACGCUCUCCGCCGGGGGGGGGGGGACCCCGCAGCCCCCCCCCCUCCACCGCCCCCCUGCUGUUCGCCUACGGGAACAUCCAGAGUCACCAUCACCACCACCACAACUACUACUCCACCCCCCAGAACAACAACCACCACCACCACCACAGCAACUACUACUCCACGCCUCAGAAUUACUACUCGCAGAUGUAUUUCUGCACCCCGCAGAAUUAA